AACUGGAGGGUGGACUCAUUUCUUCUGAGACAUUUGCAGGGUUUCUUCUAUUUCUCUUAGAGGGACUUUCAAAGAGGAGAUAUUUUUCUUUGUCAACUCAGAUGUUCCGGUUUAUUUUGAUUCUCUUAGCUUUUUGAUUCACAUUAUUAGAUGUGGUGUGCAAACAUUUACUUUAAGAUGUGGAUGUGGAUUCUGAUUAGUCUUAACAUCAUCUCAAAGCUGCAUGGGUAUUCAGGGGGUUACUUCCCAGAAGCAUGUGACUCAAUGUUACCCGAUCAUAAUGGUGCAGCUCCUCAAACCACAAAACCCCCCUUCAUGGUUGAAUAUGUGCCCGGCAGCUAUCCUGGAGAGCCUGUUACAGUUUUGCUCAAGAGCGAGGAAUCCACAUAUUUUAGAGGGUUUAUGUUAGAGGCUCGAGAGGUUGCAGAUGAAACACGUCUUACUGGAAGAUUUGUUCUACUUGAGCCUGAUAGGACUCGACUCCUGACAUGCGGUGUUUUGGAAGAUUCAGCUGUUAGUCACACAGUUAAUCACAGAAGAACUUUGAUCCGAGUUAACUGGACUGCGACAGAAGCAGAGCAGGACAUCAUGUUCAGAGCAACAUUUCUUCAGCAAAGGGCAAAAUUCUGGGAAAAUGUGAAUAUCAUCUUACCUCAGCGCACUACUACUACAACUACUACACCGGAAACAGCUACUACACCGGAAACAGCUACUACACCGGAAACAGCUACUACACCGGAAACACUACUACACCAAGCACCACAAAGGGCAACACCGAACAAGCUACCUACAGCGAACACAUACUACACCGGAAACAAUACUACACCGGAAACAGCUACUACACCGGAAACAACUACUACACCAAGCACCACAAAGGGCAACACCAACAUAGAAGAACAUGCAGGUAUUGCACUGAUGUGUUUUGAUUGUGUUUUGGUGGCAGAGAUGAAAGUAAUAUCCAAUAUAGGCAAAGUCUUACUGGCCAGUGAGGCUGUUUUUCAUCAUAUAAAUAAGGUGUGUAAGGUAGCAGGCAACGUCCUCUGUGUGGCUGUUGAAAUCUCAUCCCUGAUCUUGUUUAGUAUCAGUGAUUCCUCCAAGGUCAUCUUCUUUGCUCUUGUGUGUGUGAUGAUAGUGAUUAAUUUCACUGGAAUAGUAAUUUUGUCUCUGGGGAUUAGAAGUGGUCCUGAAAGAAGGAAGAUUUGUGAAUACGCUGCCAAUGUUUGUUUUGUUAUCCAUAAUAUAUUUACAAUUGCUGUCAUAUUUCUUGGUGUUAUGGAGAAUCAGUGCGGAAAUAAUGUGAGGGACUCUUGGCUUCUGAAAGUGAUGAUUGCUUUCACAGUAUGGGAUUUCCUGAAUGUAAUCUGGAUUGUCAUUUUGAGCAGUGAAAAACGAGGGCAUUUAGGAAUGAGCGAGAGAAACGAGCAGCAAGUUCAUGUCUGUUUUUCUCAUUUCCAGAGGAGACUCAGAGAUGUUGUUGUUAAUAUUGUGUCAGUAAUCCUCUUCGCUGGAGCCAUUUCUUUUUCUAUAGCCAUCAUUGUUGGUAUAUUUACUUGUCAGAAACAAUAGUUUUGUGGUUUGUUUGAAUCACAAUCAGAUUUCUCUUAUAGUUUAUAUAUAGUAUGGUUACAUCACACUGAUCAUAUCACACUGUUUACCUGCUGCUUCCUCAUUUAAUGCAAGUAAUGCUUGAGGGUCUUAUUUAUUGUAUCUCGUAAUUUUUCAAUACACCAGGCAGACUACACGGACUGCAUAUUGCUUUAGCACACUACAGGGGCGAUUCUAGGAUCAGAGCUUUGGGGGUGCUGAGCACCCAGAGAGCUGCCCAGCCAGGCAAGAUAAUCUUUACUCGUCACAGUGAGACGUCUUCCCCGUCUCUGUUAGUCCCUGCAUCCCUAAAUGUCUCCAGUUGUCCCGAGUUCUCUCUGACUGUCUCCUUGGUGCAUUUAAACCCCUGUUCCUCCCUGUCCUCGUCGACUGUUGUCCUCGUCUCUGUUAUCAGUCAUCAUAAUUUUACCAUCUCUGUGCAAGUCUGCAAAUUUCUUUAUU